AUGCCCUCUGUUAGCGGCUUUUACAUUCCACCCGUUUCCCUCUUCGGUGAGGGCGCCAUCGAAGAGGCUGCCAAGCAAAUCCGUCAAGCGGACUUCAAAAACGUUCUUAUCGUGACAGACCCAGGUAUUGCCAAGAUUGGUCUUUCUGGCACCGUAUCGAAAACCCUCGAACAACUGGGUCUUAACGUGGCUGUUUACGACCAAACUCAACCCAACCCUAACGAAAAGAACGUCUCGGAUGGAUUGAAGGUCCUAAGAGAGCACAAUUCAGACGUUGUUGUCUCAAUCGGCGGCGGUUCUGCCCAUGACAAUGCUAAAGCGAUCGCUCUAGUUGCUACCAACGGUGGAUCUAUCGAAGACUACGAGGGCGUUAACAAGUCCAAGAAGAACGGGCUACCUCUGUACGCCAUCAACACCACUGCAGGGACCGCAUCAGAAAUGACAAGAUUCACUAUAAUCACGAACGAGGCAAAGAGAACAAAGAUGGCAAUUAUCGAUAACCAUGUGACCCCAUCAGUAGCUAUCAAUGAUCCAUCGACUAUGUACGGUCUGCCACCCAGUCUGACUGCUGCCACCGGACUUGACGCCUUGACCCACUGUAUCGAGGCCUACGUGUCCACGGCCUCCAACCCUAUCACCGAUGCCUGUGCGUUGAAAGGAAUUGACUUGAUUGAAGAAAGUUUGGAGAAAGCUUUCCUCAACGGCUCUGAUAAGAAGGCACGUACUGACAUGUGCUACGCCGAAUAUUUGGGCGGUAUGGCUUUCAACAACGCUUCUCUUGGUUACGUCCACGCCCUUGCCCAUCAGCUUGGUGGUUUUUACCAUCUUCCUCACGGGGUAUGCAACGCCGUGCUACUGCCCCACGUUCAGUACUUCAACAAAGCCGACGAGGCCACCGAAAGGAGACUAGCUGAAAUUGCCAUUCAUUUAGGUUGCAAAGCGCACACUGCCGAUGCUACGAUUGAGAAGUUGUUGGAUAUGUGCAAAGCACUAAAGAUCCCAAGAAAUUUGGAGGAAUUGGGUGUCAAGAAGGCAGACUUCGAGGCAUUGGCCGAGCACGCUAUGAAAGAUGCAUGCCAUGCAACAAACCCUAUCCCUUUUGAAAAGCACGAGGUUGUUGCUAUUUUGCAGCGCGCUUUCGACUAUUAA